AUGAGUAAAAGGAAGUUUGAGCCCGAGGAUAACAAACUGUUCAAUGUCUUCACCUUUAGUUCGAGGAGAGUGCCAUCUGGGAGGAAAUCAUGCUCGUUCUGUCGUGAAAAGAAGGUCAAAUGUGUAAACAGUGAAGACAAUGAUGAAAGAUGUAAACAAUGCAAAACUAGAGACUUGUCUUGCAGCUUGUGUCCAGCAAAAGCAGCUUCUACGAAUCAUUCAUCGCCUUCCACUGUGGAAUCACCAGCUGUUUCAAACCCUCAAAGCUCCCCUGUGGACUUCAACAUCAACAAUGGUGCCCAAUUUUUAGAUCUCAUUGGCGACAUGGAUUGGAUUAAUGUUCUUGAUGAGGAGCUCUUACAAUCUGACUUUCCAUUAGCAGAAGCAAUCAGUAUAAACCAGAACCCAGGCUCGACUACAAGGAUCUCAGGCUAUAAUGCAGAUACGAAUGGUGAUGGUAUUCCGAUUGACAAGAGGCAUGGAGACACAUCAUUUAUGUAUUAUGGGUUUUCAGGGGAAUACGAUCCAUUCUUGCGGUUCAAUUAUUAUAGCUAUGAUGAUAAUGAUGAAUGUUUUUUCAAGCAAAAGUUUUUCAGGAAAUUGGGAGAUUCAGAGAUGCCAGCUGUAUUUUCAUUUAAGACUAAGAAGUUGUUAAGAGAACAGACUAAAGAGUAUUCAACUCCAGGAUUUGAUAAGAAAAUGAUCAAAAAGCUUUACAAAUGUGCACCAAACUUGGCAGUAUUAUAUAUGAAGUUUAUUUUCCCAUUUCUUCCGAUUCUUGAUGGUGAUUUUUUAGGAAAGAUAUUUUCAAAUGAAACAGUGGAAUUUAAUGAUAUAAGUGGUGGGUCUCCAUUGUUCACAUUACUUUUAGCCAAAAUCGGUAAAGGUUGGGAAAGGCAUGAUACAUCAAUGUCAAUUUUCUUUGAUGACCAAGAACUUCCAAUUUUAAAGAAUAGAAAUGAGUUGUUCACAGUGGCUUGGAACCUUUUACAAGAUGAGCUUCAUACCCCAGAUCUCACCACUGUUAAGUCUUUGAUUUUAUUUUUCCAAAUUAUUUCGUUCAAAAAAUAUUCACAAUCAAACUCUUUCGAAAGAACGGUUUUAUCUAAUUUGGUUUCUGUUUGCUUUACUUUAGGACUUCAUGUUGAUUGCAGUGAUUGGAAAAUACCAGAUGACGAAAAGGCAUUAAGAAAGAGGUUGUGGUGGACGGUGUUUAUCAUGGAAAAAUGGAACAAUUUUGUUGUUGGAACUCCAAGCUUGAUUAAUGAAAAAAGCUACAAUGUUGAAAUUCCCUCAGAUAUAAAUGAAUUGUUUGAAGAUGUGUCCCAAUAUUUCUCUGAUAUAAAUAGUAAGAAGUUUUUCCUGAAACUGAUUGAACUAACUUUCAUUUUGAAUGAUACUGAUGAAAAGCUUUUUUCUUUUCAAAGUGUUCCUAAGGAAGAAAAACCUGAUGCAAUAAGAGGUUUUGAAGAGAAACUGUCCAUAUGGUAUGAUGGUUUCAAAGAAAUUGAGUCUGCAUCCUCGGUCCCAUUCCAUUCGAUAACAUUGUCUUAUUUUGUUCUUAAACUAAUUUUAUUCCGCUCCAGGUUUCAAAUUUAUGGCGUGAAUAAGUUCAAAGAUAUUUGUUUCGACGAUGCUAAGGUUCUCCUUCGCGAUAUAGUCAAAUUCUUAAGAAAUUUACCAUCAUUGGUUAUCCAUGGGUUUUGGUAUAACUGGUCGAGAUCAUUGUUUAUGUACAUCAAAGAUUUUUCAUUGUUGUUAGUUGUUAUCUCCUCCACAAAAGAACAAUCUUUGGAAGUUCUGAACAUUAUCAAAGAUUUUAGGGAAUGGUUGGAGAUGAACUCCAAGACACUGUGUCUCUUAUGGACAACACUACUGAGAAUCAACACAGCAACAUCCAGUAUAGGAACACAGUUCAAAAACAGCCUGAAAAGGCGUUAA